AUGCCAUAUCUCUUAAUUUUUUCGCGAAAAUAUCUAGGUUUAACGAAUGAAGCAAUAUUAUUUGAUGAAUAUGCACCAAUUGACGUUAUUGAUCUUUAUUAUCGUUCACGUGAAAGUAAUUUUACCAUUGGGCAAAAUCUUUAUUAUUGUCAAUGUAGCGAUAACUGGUUUGGUUCAUCUUGUCAAUAUACAUUUGAUACAGAAGACUUUUUUGAUACAAUUUUACAAGAACGUUUUCUAUUAAAAUCAACUGAUUUUAAUAAUGAAAAUGGUACAUGUUAUAUUGGAAUUAACUGUAUGAAUAGAUGUCUAGACUGGCGUGAAAUUUGUGAUGGAAAAAUUGAUUGUUCGAAUGGUAUAGAUGAAGAAUACUGUUAUCAACUUGAAUUAAAUAGUUGUGAUGACAAUGAUAAUGACGUCUAUAGAUGCAGAAAUAGUUUUCAUUGA